AUGUAGCACGACUACCACACUGGCCACAACCACAAUCACACAACCACAUUUCGAAAAACACACACACGAACAAAGUGAAAAUGCCACUCCCGCGUCCACCAUCCCUCCCCUCCCCGCCAUCAACAGACAACGACGCUACGCAUAAAAGCAGUAAGUCGUCGAGUAAGCGGACGAAGACAUCCAAGCCGGGGCCGCGGGGGGGGAAGAGGGUAGUAGCGGCGACCGGAGGAGAGAGUGGGAGUAGGAGUCUCGAGAUGGGGGAUGGGAGGCAUAAGAGGGUUUGGAAGGCUUGUGAGAGGUGUAGGAUGAAGAAGACGAAGUGCGAUGGCGAAUCUCCCUGUAAACGCUGCCGCGACGACGGCCUCGUCUGCACCGCCGGCCACCGCAAAAAAGCAGAAUUCAAACAGCUCCCCCGCGGCUACGCCGAAGUCCUCGAGAACACCCAGUAUGCCCUCAUCGCCACUGUCCACAAGCUCUACGCCAUGGUCCUCGCCGGCGAGCAGUGGACCCUCGACCCGCCCGUCAUGAAUACGAGAGGGCAGCCGGUGAUCCACGAUAUUGCCGCCAAGCUGGGGUGUAUUCGCGCGGAUCCGUCGAGUGCGGCUGGGGGAGGGGCGGUGGAGCUCCCGGCUGAUGCGGCGGAGUUCGCAGAGUUACAACGCCAGUUAGAAAGUGAAGAGCGCGCGGGGGCCGGGGUGGGGGAGGAGAUGGGAGGGAUUUUGAGCGCCACGACGGGGCCGGAUAGUCCGUUUGGUGAUGACUCCUUCUGCGAGGACUUCGAGCCCGGAUUCGAGAUAGACGAUGAUUUCACCGACGUCGACGCCGCCGCUGGAUACGGCGACGUAUCACCCUUCUCCGAUAGCCCAUUUGGUGGCUUCAGUUUGGACGCCCUACAAGGCCUACCAACAGGGGCCUACGAGGAGUUCAUCCCCGCCUCCUCCUCCUCGCUCGUCAUCCCCACUGCCGCAGCAGCGGGACAAAUUCGCCUACCCUCCCAGCUUCAACUCACCCCGCAGCAGCAGCAACAAGCGGCGCUGGGGGCGCAGCAGGCGAGGCAGAUGCAGAUCCUGCAACAACAACAGCAGCAGCAGCAGGGUCUUGAUUUCAGGGAACAGCAUAAUCAGUGGGGGCCGGCGGCGAUGGAGGAGCAGAUGAGAGCGCUUAUGAAGAGGGGGCGGGUCUGA